GGCGUCGCGGGGCUGGGGGCACGAGCGGGACAAGGGUUGCCGUGGCAACUGUAACCUAACGUAACGUCCGUUGAUUUAAAAAACCAUACAGAAAGAAGAUGGAGUUUGAGACGACGGAGACUGUACGCUCGACACCGAGUCGCCACGAGAAAAGUUUGGGGCUCCUCACAAUGAAGUUUGUCAAUCUGCUUCAAGAAGCUAAGGAUGGCGUCCUUGAUUUGAAAGUGGCUGCAGACAGCUUGGCAGUGAAGCAGAAGAGGAGGAUAUACGACAUCACCAACGUACUUGAAGGAGUGGGGUUGAUCGAGAAGAAAAACAAGAACAUAAUCCAGUGGAGGGGAGAGAACUCAGGCAGCCAAACACAGGAGGUGGUGGAGCAGGUAAAGGUUUUAAAGGCCCAAAUCUCUGAGCUGGAGGCCCAAGAGAAAGAGCUGGACAACCAGAAGGCAUGGCUAGAGGAGAACAUCAAACACCUUAACCACGAUCCCAUCACCAGCACUUAUAAAUUUGUGACACAUGAAGACAUCUGCAGUGCCUUCAGCGGAGACACUCUUCUUGCUGUAGUGGCUCCUGCUGGAACUCAGCUGGAGGUACCUCUACCUGAAAUGGGCCAGAGUGGUCAAAAGAAGUACCAGGUGAACCUACGCAGCCACUCAGCUCCCAUCCAGGUCAUGCUCAUCAAUAGGGAUUCAGACUCCACAAUACCUGUGGUCUUCUCUGUUCCGCCCACUGACGACAUCUGUCCAAUGCCAACUCCACCCAGCACCCCCGCCAGCCUGCAGAGGUUCCCUCUCUCGACGUCUGUGUACUCCACCUCCAACACCACCUCCUCCUACUGCAGCCAGGACUCUCUCUGCUCAGACCACCAGAUGGUGCUGCCAGAACAUGAAGUGCUGACGCCAUCGUCCACCCCUCCUGAUGUACAGAUGGAGUGUCACAGUCAGUCAGCAGCAGUGUUGGAGCAACAUCAGAUGGACCUGGUGGGCCCAGAGUUCCAGUCUGUGCUGGACGUGAGCAGCCUGCUGAAGCUCAACGCUACUGGAGACCACAUGAAGGACGACAGAGAGGGAGCUGUUGACCUGAUUGAUGAGCUAAUGUCUACUGAUGGUAUAGACUACAGCUUCAACCUGGAUGACAAUGAGGGAGUGUGUGACCUGUUUGAUGUGCAGAUCUUCAAUUACUGAUGGCUAACAGCGCCUCUGUUGUUCGCUUAUACAAUCUCGGGAACCACUUUUUGCCUCUCUAAAGAUGCUUCAAACAUACCUCUUCCUAUUUUUGUUAUAAUUGCACAGCUGAUACUUAAACAUGCCCACAUUAGACUUCACCGCUGUCUGCCAGACAACUUUACUGUACUGGUCUUUUGCCCUCAGCCAGCACAAAAAAAAGUGCCUGAGUUAAUUUACAAUAAGAUAUUUAUGUAACCAUGAGUCAUUCUGUGUCCAUUGGGGUUUUUAACAGUUUACUGGGUAAAUAUUUACAUUCCAGAGAAAUUAGUUGGCAAAUCCUUCAGCCUCCUCCUGCACUUUUUGCAUGUAUCUUUGUAUUUUUCCACAUCCAGUGGAAAGCCUGAUACUUGAAGACAACUGUUUUACUUUCAGUUGGGAUUGUAGGGUAUGUAAGUAACUUUCUUUACAUGGAAAGCAUAUUGUAUAAAAACCUAACCAAUUCCAUAGUUACAUUUCAUAAAAUGGCAUAUUGUAUUUAAUGAGUGAAUGUUUUGGUUACGUUUUGUAACCUUGUUCUCAUGUGAAAAUGCCAGAAAGUUUUCUUUUCUAAAUUAUUGUGACACUGCCGUACUAGGCCUCUUGAGUUUUGUUUAAAAAAAAAAAAAAUCUUUAUAAUUACGGUUAUAUAUUUGAAUAACUAAUUUUUUACUUAAUUUAAGAAAAAAUUAUUCUCGGAUCUAGUUUGUUGAAACUGUAGCUGGUUGACUGCCUUAAUUGUAAUUUAAAAUGUGAAUUAGCCAUAUUUCUGAUCUGAAAUAUCAGAUGUUAAAGAGCCUUAAGUGGCAUUUUUGUAUAUUUAUCGUUUUCUUUGAUUACAAGAUUUCUUGUUUUUUUGUUACAUUUUGUUGUUUAUUUGCACAUUUUUGAAAGUUUUUCAAUAAAUGGGUUUAAUGUCAA